AUGCUGCUGCCGCUGCUCUGCCUCCUGCAGCUGACGGCUGGCGCCCCCUUGGGCAAGGAGCUUCACCAGAUGCCAGCCAGCGUCCUGCAAGCGGGCCCGGAAGUGACGCACCCGCUGUACGCCAGCCGAGGGGAGCGGGAGACGGAGACACGUGCGGUUCUGGUUGUUAGGGCGGUUGGAGCACGGCGCGUGCGGGGCGGUGAGGUGGGCGAACCCAGCAGCCCCAUCCUGCCGCUUGCCCGCGGGCCGCACACACUGUCCAGCCGGGGGACGCUGGUCCUGGAGGCCGCCCUGAAGAGCGCCCUGGUGGCCCUGCAGGGGGUGCUGGCCGAGCACGAGCAGCGGCUGCGGGAGUGUGGGGAGUGCGCGCCCUGCCUCUCUGGGGACUGCGGCAACCGGAGCAGGGAGUGUGCCCGGCUGGAGAGUGACAUGGAUGAUAUGAACGUCCUCUCGGACCAGCCGGCACCAGGGACGUGUGGCCAGGGGGUGGUGGCGCCCAAUGCCACAGCAGCCAAGGGCAAGAUCGUGGGGGGCAGCGUGGCCCCGCGGGGCGCCUGGCCCUGGCUGGUCUCGGUGCGGCUGGGCGGGGAGCUGAUGUGCGGCGGGGUGCUGGUGGGGGACACCUGGGUCCUCACGGCUGCGCACUGCUUCGCCGGGAACCGCAAUGAGCUGGCCUGGACGGUGGUGGUGGGGGACUACGAUCUUGCCAAGUGGGACGAGGGCGAGCAGGUGCUGCCCGUCAACCGCAUCAUCACCCACCCCAAGUUCAACCCCAAGACCUUCCACAGCGACGUGGCGCUGCUGGAGCUGGCGCGCCCGGUGGCCCCCUCGGCACGGCUGAGCCCGGUGUGCCUGCCCGAGGGGCCGGAGGAGCCCGGCCCAGGGACGCCCUGCUACAUCGCCGGCUGGGGGUCCCUCUACCAAGAGGGGCCGUCGGCCGAGGUGGUGAUGGAGGCUCGGGUGCCCGUGCUGAGCCAGGACGCCUGCCGCAGCGCGCUGGGCAAGGAGCUGCUCACCAGCGCCAUGUUUUGUGCCGGCUACUUGGCCGGCGGCAUCGACUCCUGCCAGGGAGAUUCGGGCGGGCCCCUGACGUGCCAGGAGUCCGGGUCGCAGCAGUCCGUGCUGUACGGCAUCACGUCGUGGGGGGACGGCUGCGGGGAACAGGGCAAGCCGGGCGUGUACACCCGUGUGACGGCCUUCGCCGACUGGAUCCGCCGCCAGAUGGACAAAUCACCCGAGAGCAGAGAGCCCACCUGCUUCGAGCUGCUGGCCGCAUCCCAGCUGCCCGGCGAGCGCCAGCACGCAGAGCUCGCCCACCUGUGCGCCUUCUAUGCCCAGUCGUGCGCCCCGCCCCAAGGCCAGGCUGCCUGUGCCCGGGUCGCCGAGGAGACCUGCAGGAUGAAGAGGAGGAGAUGUGAGCUGCGCUCCUAUGCCCAGAUGCUGCUGGAUUUCCUGCGCCAGGCCGAGGAGUUCUUCCGAAACCAGGUGGACUUUGCCUUCUUCACCCACACCCUGCCCCGCUUCAUGGAGCAGCUCUACGGGCACCUCUUCCCCGUCCGGGCUCGCCGGGCCACCACAGGGCAGGGGGCCGAGGGGCAGGCAAGCCCUGAAGAGCUCCCGAGCGUCCCCAACAGGACCCGGCCCCCACCCUUCUUGGCGCUGUUCCAGGCCGUGGGCCCCACGCUGGAGGACUGGGUGGGGGAGCUGAACGCCAUGGCUGGGGGCGACAUGGCCCCCCCAGCUCUUGCACUGGCCGCCGGGCAACUCCAUGGGGAGGAGCAGCUCUUCCUGCAGCAGGCCGAGGGGGCAGUGGAGGCGCUGAAGGGGCACAGCUGGGCCUUUCUCCAGCGGCUGCGGGCUGAGCUGGGGGCCCGAGGAGCAGGGCCAGAGCCGGGAGCUGCCUCCCCACUGAACCGACCUGCGGCUGCUGGGGACCGCUCCCUGCGGGCGAGGCGAGAGCUGGGGGGAGCUCACCCCAGCGACGAGGGACCAGGCGAUCGCAGAGGCUGCCCAGGGCUGCAGGAGGCGGCGCUGCAGGUACACGCCAUGCGGGAGCUCUACCGCUGGGUGCUGCAGGUGCCGGAGCGGGACCUGGCCAUGACCUUCCAGGAGAUCCUGGUGGACCUGGGCUCCAAGAAUGCCAAGGGGCUGUACAGGGCACGGGUCCGGGCCACGGUUGGCGGGAAAGCCACUGUCUUCCCCGCCCUGGUCGGGCUGGAGAGCGACUCGCUAUACCGCAGCAUGCCUGGCCUCAUCGCCUUGGCACUGGCAGCUUUGCAGACCUAA